ACCCCUCCCGCGCCGCCAUGAGCUACCCAUACGCUUCCUAUGCCGCGCCUGCCGGCCUUCCCAUCUCGGGAACCCCAGCUCCUUACCCUGUCAUGUCGCAAGUUCCUAUGGGCAUGCCUACCUUCCCGGAGCAAACUGCAUACAUGCCCCAGCAGUAUGUCAUGCCCCAGCAGUAUGACAUGCAGCCGAUGCCCCAGCCCCAGCAGAUGAUGCCCCAGCAGAUGAUGCCUAUGGGCCAGCCCCAGCCCCAGCAGGCCCCUGCACGGGCUGCGCCAGCGCCAGCAGGCAAGAAGAACGAUGAUCCCGAGCUCAAUGCUCCUCCUGGCUUCAAGUUUGCUGGAUAUGCUCCAGUCCCCAAGCCUGGUCAGAAGAGCGAGCUUGAGAACACCCCGGGAUGGGAGUACGUCGAUGGCAAGUGGCUCUUCACCGGCAAGACUCAGCCCCAGCCUCCUAUUGUUCAGCCUGCUCCUGCUCCCAUGCCCAUGCCGGUGUACCAGCAGCCCGUGCAGUACGUUACCACCUCUGCUGCUCCUGUCUCCUAUGUUGUCCCAGAGCAGCAGGUCGGAUAUGAGCAGAUGUACUCUGCCCAACCCAUGAUGAUGAGCAUGGCUCCCCCGGCAACCUACACCCAAACGCCUUACUACACUGGUUAUUAAGGUGAAUACUGCAAGCGAUUUAUUGAAGGUUGUAAAUUUAUAAACGAUCUGUGAGGUUC